AUGGAAAAUGUACCUAUUUUUAUAAAGCACAAUGGAGUAUGGGAAAGUGAUAAUAGUUUUGUGAAUUUUUCUGUUAAUGGUGUUUUGGUUACUUCUGGAUGCAAUUUUGAAGAAUUAGUUUGCGUUAUAGCGAAUCAGCUUGAGAAGGAUUUGGAUACCAAUUUGAUAGAUAUUAAGUACAUAGUGAAGGAUGGGUAUCCACCUAUGACGGUAAACAGUGAUAUGAGUGUUAGAGUGUAUAUUGAACUGAAAAGGAUGAAUGCAGAAUUCACAAUGUAUCCGCUUUGCGUAACGUUUAAGGAUAAGUGUACUGCUGGAAGUUGCUCAAAUGUGAACCCUGCUACUGUUUCAUCUGAUGGUAUACAGAGUGAAAAUAGACCUGAUAUAUACUUGCCUGAUGCCGUUGAGAUGAUAAGUCCUGUUCGUGGAAAGGAUUGUGAUGGUAUACAGAGUGAUGAUAAAGGUAUAAUGAACAACCAAGAUACCGUUGAAAUGAUGAAUUCUGUUCAUGGGGAGGAUUCUAAUGGCGUACGAGGUGAUGAGGAAGGUAUUAUAAACAACGUAGAUAUUGUUGAGCCGAUAAGUUCUGUUCAUGGGGAGGAUUGGAAUGGUAUACAAGAUGAUGAUAGAGGUAUAGUAUUAAUAGACAAUCCACGGCAUCAAGAUGUUGAAGAGGGUCAAUUGUACCUAGACAAAGAGACCAUCGUCAAUGUUAUGAGGCAUUAUGCUAUCCGAAAUAACUUUCAGUUUAGAGUCGAAAGGUCGAGUAGCACCAGUUAUUGUCUUUUAUGCCCGGAAGAAAAUUGUUCCUGGUGUUUUAAGUCUUCAAGCCUGCACAAGUCAAAGCUUUUCAAAAUAAGAAUGUUCAAUGAUGUUCACACGUGCUCGAUAGAGGAAAGAUUACAUUCACGUCUCUCUUCUGCGGGGAUCAUUGGAGGUAUGAUUAGGAACAAGUAUGCUGACUCGGAAUCUGUAUAUUCUCCAGCAGAUAUAAUACGUGACAUGAAAAAAGAUUACGGUGUGGAUUUGACCUAUAUGAGGGCUUGGAGAUCGAAGCAAAAGGCUCUUAAAAUGUUGAGAGGGAACAAAAUCGAAUCAUAUGUGAAGCUGCCGAGCUACCUGUACAUAUUGAUGCAUACAAACCCUGGAUCCAUAGCAAGACUACAAAAAUCAGAAGGUGGCUCCUUUUUGUAUGUUUUUGUAUCGUUGGAUGCGUCAAUUAAGGGAUGGAAAUAUUGCAAGCCUAUUGUGAUAGUUAAUGCGAGCUUGCUAGAAUCAGCACACAGGGGGAUUUUAAUCAUGGCUUACACACAAGAUGCAGCGGGUAGAAUAUUUUUGCUCGCAUACAGCGUGGUUGAUUCGGAGAAUGAUGCAUCUUGGAAGUGGUUCUUCGAAAGGUUCAGGGACGCUUAUGGUGCUAAGGAAGGGAUGUGCAUAGUAUCGGACAUGCAUGAAAGCAUCUCAAAAGCGACCUCGAUUGUGUAUCCAGAAGUGCUUCACUGUAUAUGUAUGUUCCAUUUGUGGAACAACAUAAAGACGAGGUACACAAAAAUUCAUACACCUGUCAAGGAACUGUUCUUCGCAUCGGCCAGAGCAUAUACGAUUGAAGAAUUUGAGCGCCAUAUGGUUGCGAUAAAUAAUAUUGAUAAGAGGGUCGGAGAAUGCUUGUAUGUUGGAUAUCAUAGAUGGUCUAGAGUGCAUUCCAAAGUCAACGGGACCACGAUUAUGACUUCAAACAUUGUGGAGUCGAUGAAUACAGUGAACAAUCAUGCAAGAGAUUUACCAAUACUGCAUUUGCUGGAAUACAUGACGAAGUUGGUUCAAGAUUGGCACUAUGCGAACAAGAUAAAUGCAGUAGAGACAUCCACAGAGCUGGGCAAAAAGUAUGAAGAAAUCAUGAAGGAAAAUUACACUACAUCUGAGAGGAUGACGGUGAUGCCUUCCUCUGAUUACGUAUACAGUGUUGUUGACGAUGAAAAACAAUUUGUGGUGAACCUGAGAGAGAGAACUUGCACUUGCAUAAGGUUUCAAAUAGAUGAAAUGCCGUGUCCACACGCUCUGGCAGUUAUAACGUUCAAAAGCAUGGAUGCAUAUCAAUACUGUUCUGUUUACUACAACAAGGAUCACUUGCUGAAAACGUAUGACAUAUGUACGUAUCCAGUUCCCAAUGAAAGCACUUGGGACAUUCCUAGAGAGGUCUUAGAAGAAGUAGUUCUACCACCUACGGGGAAGAUUAGACCGGGGAGGCCAAAAAGGUUGAGAAUCUAG